CUCUUUCGAAGACAUGUUUUCAUUCGUCAUUUGACAAAGUAAAGCAAGUCAUUUAAACAUAGAAAUAGCUAUAGCGGCUAAAGCAAAGUUCUAAAUUCAAUUAUACAAUAAUACGAGAUGUUUCUAACUCGAUCUGAAUAUGACAGAGGAGUAAAUACUUUCUCUCCAGAAGGUAGAUUGUUUCAAGUCGAAUAUGCAAUAGAGGCAAUUAAAUUAGGCUCUACAGCCAUCGGUAUCUCAACUUCGGAAGGGGUAGUAUUAGCCGUGGAAAAGAGGAUAACAUCUCCUUUGAUAGUCCCAAGUAGCAUCGAAAAAAUUGUGGAGAUUGAUAGCCAUAUCGGAUGUGUAUUUUCUGGACUAGUUGCUGACUCUAGAAUGUUAAUUGAUAGAGCUCGUCUAGAAUGCCAAAACCAUUGGUUUGUUUACAAUGAACGCAUGACUGUGGAGUCUUGUGCACAAGCUGUUUCAAAUUUAGCAAUACAGUUCGGAGAUAGUGAUGAAGAUGGACCAGCCAUGAGCAGACCAUUUGGUGUCGCUCUAUUAUUUGCUGGUGUGGAUGAAUAUGGGCCACAACUGUUUCAUUUAGAUCCAUCAGGAACAUUUGUUCAAUUUGAUGCAAAAGCAAUUGGUUCUGGAAGUGAAGGUGCCCAGCAAAGUUUACAGGAAACUUACCACAAAGAAAUGAAAGUUGAAGAAGCAAUUGUUACAGCUCUUACAAUUUUGAAACAAGUUAUGGAAGAAAAAAUGAAUUCAACAAACGUUGAAUUAAUGGUUCUAACACCAUCGAAGAAGUUUACGAUGUACACUAAAGAGCAAGUUGAAGAAGUUAUUAAAAAUUUGAAUUAAGUAUGGUUUUAAUUUAAAUACAUUUCAAAGACAUCUACAGCUGUUGAGGAUUUUUAAUUA